AUGACUCGGGUUUUCUUUCCCGAACAAGGGCUGCCGCCCCACACUGAUUACUGUCACGCUCUGCCCACCAUACGAAAUCCAGAGGCUAGACGAAUAACACUAAAAAUUAAGUUGUCUGACUUGAAAUUUGAUGCGCAUGCAAAAGACAAAUUUUUACGUCUGGUUGGUGAUCGGUAUAAUCCGUGCACGGAUAUGUUAACUAUUGUUGCAGAUCGCUGUCCUCUGAGGAAACAAAAUUAUGACUAUGCCAUGUACUUAUUAACUGCAUGCUAUCAUGAAUCAUUUGUUACUGAACCAUGGGAAGCCAACAAAUCAGAAUAUGUAAAUUUGGAGUUUGUGGGCUAUAAUAAAUUGGGAGAACUCAUGGAUACUACGCAAAAACUGCAGGUCAAUCGAAGCUUUGCACAAAGCGUAGAAAAUCUAAUAAACGAAGGCGAAAACGAAUAUAAUUUAGGACGAUAUAAAGAAGAGGUUUUAAAGCUGCUAAAUAUAAGUACAACACAGUCUGCUUGAUGUGCGAGAUAUUUUUCCGGCACUUUGCGUAAAA